UUUCAAACAGCAACCCUAUUACCUAUCAUGUAUUUAUUAUAAUCAGAACCGCGUGCAAAUAAAAAGGCAUCAUAAUCUUAAAAUAAUGAAGAUAAUUAAAAGUGAAAAUAUUUUACGUUUAAUAUAGUUCUGACCGCAAAAUCUGUAAAUUUUUUAUCGACUUAAAUUUAAAUUAUCAGCAAUAUUUGUACGCAAAAGAAUAUGUCAGAAUCUAUGUACCAUCUGAGUAUAUUAGCGCAACUACAGUGAUAUACAUACAUAUGUAUACAUACAUAAAUAUCCGUUGACACAAUUUGGAGUCGUUCUAGAUUUACACUCACAUAGGCAUGCUUUUGCAUGCGGCGUUAUGAAUAUGCCAUUGAACGCUGUUCGACGAGAAAUGAGUUUAAACUGUAUAUUCGAUUGUCUGUUAUCUGUUGAACCUGAAGCAGCCUCUACCGUCGCCCAAAAAACGGACCGCAAAGAACUUAUUUUCCCAAAGUGGCAUGUGAACACUAUUGAGCUUUCAAAAUCAUUUAUAAAAGCUAACCAAAUACUUUUUUCUACAUGUCAAAACUGUGGAAAAUUUGUUUAAAAUAGUGCACCAAAGUCUAGACGACACUAGCCUUGAUUUCGAUAUUUGGCACUCUCACCUACUUGGGACAGUCAACACAAUACGUUUAUCCCUGGGAUUUUGAUAUCGUAAUGAAUUCAGUUAAAGGUGACACAAAGAAGCAGCAGGAGAAAAAUUGGGUACUAAAGAGAAAGCUGCUCAAACGGUGCUACGGACUGUCAGCGGUGUCAAAGUCGGUUUUUUGGUGGAUUGGCGUCAGCAUCCUGCCCAGUGGGACAAGGAUAAACUUAGACAUUUUGCAGAAGGAUUACGUAAAGCAGUUCUUCUUUGAGAAGCGUGUGGGAAGCGGAGGAGUGUACGAGUAUCGGUCCAGCGCCAUCUCAAACUUUGGAUGAUUAAAGAGGAUUUGGGGUAGCAGCCUAGCAGCGUAUACCCAUCCAUCUAAGCUCACAUGUUCACGUAGAUAACAUAUUCAGUUGGCUAUCUGACAAAGAUAUCGCAAGAAAUCGCGAUUCAAGUUUUCAGACCUAAGUAAUUGGCGAUCCAACAUCUACGUCUAUUCUUUCCUUUUCCAGUGGCCAGUUUAAGUUAGCAGACAAACGAAAAUGCCCGCAGUCAGAUUCUCAACGAUUUCGUCUUGUUGCAUCGUAGUGAUUGUUUGUGAAACACAAGAGUUUCGUAGCUGACAUUACAGCCACGAAUAUUUCCACAGAAUCUACAGGAAUGGUCUAUUCGGCUCCCUACGUAAUAAAUAAAAACCCAAACAUAUGAACAUAUAAUAUCGGCGCAUUGUUAAUGAUGUUCUGAUUUUCUGAGUUCUUUCCUCGCUUAGAACAUGUCUGUUUGUCAAAGUGAAGGCGCAGACAUCGCAGCCUCUCGUCCAGAGACGUUGCAGUUGCAAUCUUUAUCAAACGCUAUUGUAAACUCAAGAGAGAAAGACUUGGAUACAGAGGAAUACUAUCCCUUUUCACGAAUUGCUACCAAAAACAAUCGCUUAAAGCUCAAUUGGUGGCAUUCACCCACACAACCGCAAGAUGUGGAAGCAGCAUUCUUGCAGCCUGAGAGAAGGGAACAAAGAGGACAUGGACAUGCCGAUAGAAUAAAUACCGUUGAUAAUAACAAUACCGUAGUUCAUAGCUGCCUUAACACGCCAUCAAAGCUAUUUUCCGUCCUUCAACGAAGUCAGCCCGAUCGAGAUCAGAAAGUGCUCACUUGCGAUACAAAAAACGAACCUCCCUUUGAUCCGGGGGUUGAGGAAUUUGAUAUGAAGGACUCUCAUCGACUUGUAGAUGAUCCUAAACCAUGCGAUGGUAUAUUAAAUCAAGACCAGGAAGACCAGAUGAACAUAUCCGGAUAUCGACGGUGUUAUGUGCGCAGUAUUCUUUGCUGGGUCUGCAUUGUUCUAACUGGAGGUCUACUGCGACUCGUGUUACACUGGUGGCGCCAUUGGUAUUUGUUCGCCACCUGCCAUCAGUGCCCUCUAGAUGAGGCAGAUCAGGUAUUGAUAGUAGAGGACUAUCAAGGCAAGCACAAGCUGUAUCAUGUGAAGAGCGUUCGCGUUUUAAAUACAAAUCAACUGAAGUCCUUAUUGCUAAAGGGAUAUCCAAAAAGUAGUGAAGUCGAUGAUAAUAAUUUGCAAAUCUCAGUGCAUUUUACAUCAGCUCAGUUCAAAAAUUGUUCGUCCAUUCGGAUAUUCCGGUGCAAGCAAUUGGUAUAUGCGUGGGACAGCACACUGAAUUGCUUUAAUAAAGUGAAUGGCCUCGACCUUAAUGUUCCUUGUUCAUACUACCAUCAGCAGCGUGGCUUAACGGUGUAUGAGCAGCUAUCCAGGCGCAUAGUUUUUGGCGAAAAUGAGAUAACUGUGCCAUUGCGAGAUGUCAAAACGUUAUUAUUCCUGGAAGUGCUCAACCCCUUCUAUAUGUUUCAAAUAUUCUCGGUUGUCCUGUGGUUUACUUACGACUACUACUAUUAUGCUUGUGUUAUUCUCUUAAUGUCUAUCUUUGGAAUAACAAUGUCCAUUUUGCAAACGAAAAAGAAUCAAGAUGUACUUCAAAAAACGGUGCACAACACUGGGAAUGCUUUCGUUUUGGAUUCUAAGGGUGUUUCCAAAGAGUUUCCAACACAAACUCUUGUACCGGGUGAUAUAAUUGAAAUACCUUCAUCAGGAUGUACAAUGCAGUGUGAUGCAGUAUUAUUAUCAGGCAACUGUAUUCUAGAUGAAUCGAUGCUAACGGGCGAGAGUGUUCCGGUAACAAAAACUCCGUUACCUCCGAAACGUGAUAUGAUUUUUGAUAAGAAAGAGCAUGCCAGGCAUAUACUCUUUUGCGGAACAAAGGUUAUUCAAACGCGAUAUAUUGGAUCUAAGAAAGUAUUGGCAUUCGUGAUUAACACCGGUAACAUAACAGCAAAGGGAGAACUAAUACGAUCCAUUCUUUAUCCUCCACCUGUGGACUAUAAGUUUGAACAAGAUUCAUAUAAAUUUAUCCAGUUCUUGGCAUUAAUUGCUUGUGUUGGAUUUAUUUACACACUAAUAACAAAGAUAAUACGGGGAACGGAUCCGGUAAAAAUAGCAGUUGAAUCUCUGGACCUAAUUACUAUUGUUGUACCUCCCGCCCUACCAGCUGCAAUGACGGUCGGUCGCUUUUAUGCCCAGAAGCGUUUGAAGGUUAACGACAUCUUUUGUAUCUCUCCACGGUCUAUUAACGUGGCAGGAAGCAUAAAUUGCUGUUGUUUUGAUAAGACUGGUACCUUAACGGAGGAUGGGCUGGAUAUGUGGGGGGUGGUCCCUAAGUCGUCCACUAACCAAUUUCAAAUACCCUUGAAGAACGUGAAUCGUCUGCCAUAUGAUCACUUUCUUUUUGGCAUGGCAACAUGUCAUUCUAUUACUGUACUGAAUGGUACGAUGAUGGGUGACCCACUGGAUCUUAAAAUGUUCCAGUCAACGGGGUGGAUACUAGAGGAUUCUAAAGAUAUACCGGAUAAUGAGAAAUAUGGCCUUAUUUAUCCAACAAUACUGCGCCAACCAAAAGACUUUUCCUCCGAUACUUCGUCACAUAUUAAAACUGGGUUACAACGGCAGUCAUCAGUAGAUGAUUUGUUAGCUAAUGUUGGCCUGUCGCAGACCCAGAAAAGCUUUGAUCAUGGGAUUGUACGAGAAUUCCCAUUUACCUCAAGUCUUCAGAGAAUGUCGGUCAUCACUCGUUGUCUCAGUGCACAAGGAUUUAAUGUAUACUGUAAAGGCUCUCCGGAAAUGUUACAACAGCUGUGUAGACCGCAGAGCCUACCAGAUAACUACUCCCAACAGUUGUCGACAUUUGCCAAAAAGGGAUACCGAAUUAUAGCCUUGGCAUUCAAGGCCCUCGCCCCCAAGAUUAAUUAUACAAAAGUUCAGCGCAUUUCCCGCGAGGAAGUUGAACUUAAUUUGGAGUUUCUUGGUUUUGUUAUCCUAGAGAAUCGACUCAAGCCCGAUACUACAACGGUAAUCCAUGCACUAAACGCUGCCAAAAUAAGGACAAUAAUGGUAACUGGAGAUAAUAUUUUAACUGCGACGAGUGUUGCAAGGGAUUGUGGUAUAGUAUCUCCUGCACAGGCGGUAAUUACGGUGCACGCCGAUCCAGUUGAUUUGGCUGCGAUUACAAAUACGCAUGCUCACAGUAGUCAUACUAGUCCAGGUGAUACGAAAAGCACGUCCGAACAUUAUCGACAUAGACAAUACAAACUUCAGUACACUUUGGACUUGGGAAGCAAGAACUGUGCCCCAUCUCAAUGGAAAUCUAACUGCAAUGGAAACACUGUAAAACAAGAGAGUAACUUAAGUGGCAAUUGUCCUCCAAGCCUUUACCGGUUGAUGUCUACAAAUUCGUUAGCUAAUGGGUCAAACACUAGUUAUGCUGAAAGCAUUUUUCCCAACAGUGAUAGCUUGGCUAGUGUAAAGACCGUGGACACAUGGACUCACAACGAGGCUAUAGAAGUUGACGUGGAGCUUGGAACGGAAUUCGCACAAGACGAUAAUUGGCGGCGCCAUUAUAUAUUUGCAAUGGAUGGUAAGACGUGGCAAAUUGUGAAGGAACAGUUUCCUGAGGAGCUGGGAAUACUUUUAACGCGUGGAGCUAUUUACGCCCGUAUGUCGCCCGAGCAAAAGCAGGCAUUGGUUAUGGAACUUCAAAAAUUAGACUACUGCGUGGCCAUGUGUGGCGAUGGUGCCAAUGAUUGCGGUGCACUGAAGGUGGCACAUGCUGGUAUUUCGUUAAGUGAGACAGAGUCGUCCAUUGCCUCCCCAUUCACUUCGCGUAAUCCCACGAUUGCGGCUGUGCCAAAUGUUAUAAAGGAGGGUCGCGCCGCAUUGGUCACAUCGUUUGGCAUUUUUAAAUAUAUGGCAGCAUAUUCGCUGGUACAGUUUAUAUCAGUGAUGAUCCUGUACUCGAUCGACUCGAAUCUAACAGACAAACAAUAUCUUUAUGUUGACCUAGGCUUGAUAUCAAUAUUUGCCUUUUUUUUUGGUAAAACUGAAGCUUUUGAUGGCCACCUAGUAAAACAGGUCCCGCUUAGUUCGCUGAUAUCUCCCACGCCAUUGGCGUCCCUCUUAUUGCAUCUGGUCGUAGUGACUGUGUUUCAGGUAGCUGGUUGGUUUCAGCUGCAGCAACAGCCUUGGUUUCAGCCGUUUCAAUCAUCAGAUGAGGAUCACCUAGGUUGCUAUGAGAACUACACCAUGUUUGCAAUUUCCAGUUUUCAGUAUAUUAUACUCGCUUUUGUAUUUUCGAAAGGUGCUCCUUAUCGGAAACCCUUGUGGUCUAAUUGGCCACUGUGCUUAACAUUUAUUUUAAACUGUUGCAUCAUAGUCUAUUUAGUUGUUUACCCUAGCGAAUGGGUAGCCAAUUUUUUCCAGCUAAUUGUGCCACCAGUUAUGAGUUUUCGAUAUGUAAUGCUUAUUUACGGAGCUGCAGCUUUUGUUGUCCAUUUGUUUGUGGAGUCUUUUCUUGUUGAAUACCUAGUAUUCAAAAAAUAUCAAGUGCGGCGCGAUCAAAGCUGGACUACGUCUAAGCAACAACACAUGCGCCUGGAGUAUAAUAUUACAGCAAAUGAGAACUGGCCACCUAUAACUGAAGUAUACGAGCCCCACGAAUCCACUGAUUGGGAAGGAGGACAACCUACAUAUGUUAGCUUGGGCGCUGAGCAAAGUCUUGAUACGCAACACAACACCUUCCUAGGAUUUUUUGAUUCGUCGGAUAAUAAUGCACAUAAUAUAAAACAACCUCCAUCUACUCCUUCUGUAGAACAGUAACAUUUAAGUCCAUUCGCAUAAGAAAUUGUACAAAUCUGAAUAGUUAAUCAUCCCUCUUUGUAAAUACUUGUGUUUGAAUACAAAAAUUAAAAUAGGAAUACAUAUAUUAUAUAGGUGACUAAUUAUAGUUUUGUUCGUAGUUGGAAAUUAAGUUACUUUUUUGUCAUAUCAUCAUCUUCAUACAAGAAGAGUUUGUUCUUAUAAUCGAAGUUUUGAAAGUGUGCACGGCGAUGCUAUAUAUAUAGUGUGUAAUAUAUACUACCUCUGAUUUCGGCCGGAAAUUGCACAUUACCAGAUAAUUCUAUUUGUUUUAUAAUAAGCAAUAGAUGAUUGAAUGGAUUUAGAUACGCUUCGAUUGAUUGAAUAAAAUCGUUAUGAAUUUA